GUCUCCUCAGUACACACGUUCCCUGCCGCUCGCUCUCUCUAUCAUCCUCCCUCCCUCUCUACACCGCCGCACACAUCUUAAUUUCUCCCCCAUUGCCAUUGCGUUCGUCCCACUUGCUGCGGGUUCUUCCUCCCUGAACAACCGCCGCCGCCAUUCCUGCAGUUUUCCUCGCCCUGCCCACUCAAUCUUCCAAGAAAACCAACCCGGGAUCCCAGAAAAGCUGCGACCUUUUGCACGGUUCCCAGCCCGGAACCCGCAACCGCAAGAGCGCCUUUAAUCCCGUGAUUUCCGAGGCUCCUGUACCAAAGAGAAAAGCCUAGCCUCGAAUCUUUCCUUGGAUUCAAUUCGGUUCUUGGGAACAGCACGCAGCUGCCUUCAGUUGGUGGUGCCGGGAAGCAAUGGGGAGGAAGUGGCACGCCGUGGCCGCGCUCGGCGUCGCGUUCGCGGCGACGGCCGCCGCCGUGGCCGCCGAUCGGGGCCUGUCCCUGGUCGGCGCCGCGGUGGCGCCGGAGGAGGAGAUGGGCCUCCUGAAGAAGGUCGCCAAUCUGUUGUGGAAGAGCGGUGCCAACACGUACCAACACGUUUGGCCGCCUAUGCAAUUCAGUUGGCAAAUUGUGCUGGGAACACUGAUCGGAUUCUUCGGUGCGGCAUUUGGGAGUGUUGGCGGCGUUGGUGGCGGUGGGAUCUUUGUGCCGAUGCUGACACUCAUCAUUGGAUUUGAUCCUAAGUCAUCGACUGCGAUAUCAAAGUGUAUGAUUAUGGGAGCGUCUGUUUCAACUGUUUACUAUAAUCUCAAACUGAAACAUCCAACUUUGGACAUGCCGGUGAUCGAUUAUGAUCUAGCUGUCCUCAUCCAGCCUAUGCUAAUGCUUGGCAUCAGCAUUGGUGUUAUUUUCAAUGUUAUAUUCCCUGACUGGCUGGUCACAGUUCUCCUGAUAAUCCUUUUCCUAGGCACAUCUACUAAAGCCUUCCUGAAGGGCAUUGAAACAUGGAAGAAAGAGACAAUAAUCCAAAGGGAGGCUGCAAAACGAUUGGAGCAAACUGCAGGUGAGGAAGUAGAGUAUGCACCACUUCCUACUGGACCAAGUGCAGCAGGUGGAACAAAAGCCCCCCCAUCAGAUGAGGCGGCAUCAAUCAUGCAGAACAUCCAGUGGAAGGAGUUCGGUCUUCUUUCAUUUGUGUGGGUGGCAUUCCUUGUUCUUCAGGUCACAAAGAAUUACACUGCUACUUGCUCCCCAUGGUACUGGGUCUUGAACCUUCUCCAGGUCCCAGUGUCAGUAGGAGUGACAAUGUAUGAAGGGCUUGGGCUGAUGAGUGGGAAGAGGGUCCUAUCAUCAAAGGGAAGUGAACAAAGUACCCUGAAACUUCAUCAGAUAUUCAUAUACGGUUUCUUCGGUAUCGCUGCUGGACUUGUUGGUGGUCUGCUAGGUCUUGGAGGUGGCUUCAUUAUGGGGCCACUGUUCUUGGAGCUCGGCAUCCCUCCCCAGGUUUCAAGUGCUACAGCCACCUUUGCGAUGAUGUUCUCAUCUUCCAUGUCAGUUGUUGAAUACUAUCUCUUGAACCGGUUUCCGGUGCCUUAUGCUGUUUAUUUCGUUAUUGUGGCAUUCAUUGCUGCCAUCAUCGGCCAGCAUGUGGUGAGGAGGUUGAUUAACUGGUUAGGGCGGGCAUCGCUUAUCAUCUUCAUAUUGGCUUUCAUGAUCUUCGUCAGCGCAAUCUCUCUUGGUGGGGUCGGCAUCUCAAACAUGGUUUACAAGAUUGCGCAACAUGAGUACAUGGGCUUCCAGGACCUUUGCAAGUACGAUGCAUAGGAAGCGAAAAUGGAUUUGAUUCAAGAACCAAAGGGUUGGAUGAUUCGAUUUUCAGGGCAGGUGACUGAAGAGAUUCUAGUUGUGCCACAGCUCCAAAGGGUGGCAAGCUCAAUAGAUUGUAAUCAGAUGAAUUUUGGAGCAUGUUUGUAGUGGUUUCUGAUUUCCAGUUUAUGUCAACUCAGUGUGUAUCAUUCUUACUUUGUAAGAAUUUUCCUAUCUACUGUGGAGCUGCCUUUCUGCCAGCAUAUAAUGUCGUCAGUUCAUCACUCA